GCCCUCCUCCUGCGGCUGUUACUGCUACUACAAGGCUGACUCUGGGAAAACGGGUCAGAAGGCUGCCACCAUUCACUCCCCAGCCUGUUGCCUGUCGUCUGCUAGGAUGUGUCGGACACUCUCUGCAUUCCCCAGCACCUGUCUGGAAAGAGCCAAAGAGUUCAAGACCCGUCUUGGAAUCUUCCUUCAUAAAUCGGAAUUGGGGACUGAGAGUGGGAGCGUCAGCAAGUUUGAGAAGGGCAACAAACAUAGCAAAGAGAAACUUGUUCCAGAAGAUGUGUUAGGAUGGAAGGAGUCCUUUAACCAGUUACUGAGCAGCAAAAAUGGUGUAGCUGCAUUCCGGGCCUUCCUAAAGACCGAGUUCAGUGAGGAGAAUUUGGAAUUCUGGCUGGCCUGUGAGGAGUUCAAGAAAAUCCAGUCAGCUGCCAAGUUGGCCUCCAGGGCGCAAAGAAUCUUUGACGAAUUCAUCUGCAGUGAUGCUCCCAAAGAGGUAAACAUCGACCAUGAAACCAGAGAGCUCACCCGGAAGAACCUGCAAGAAGCCACGACUACGUGCUUUGAUGAGGCUCAAGGGAAAACCCACACCCUGAUGGAGAAGGACUCCUACCCUCGAUUCCUGAAAUCCGCAGCAUACAGAGACCUCGUAGAACAGGCCUGUUCGGCUUCUCCCUCCCAGCCCAUCCGCCAUGUUGGAGAAUGUUCACACACCUGAGCCUCCUGGCUGCAGUCACACCUCUGGAUGGGGCAGCUCUCUGGGGGAGGCAGGAGCUGUUCAGCAAUUGGAAAGGACACAGAGAGAAAAAGUAAUUGGAGCCUCACAUCCUGGACUCUGACUCUCCUGAAACAUUUCAGACUCAACUGUUGACAAAGGGAAUCCUCUCCCCCCUGCUCCCACUGUGGGAGGGAGCCAAAAGGAACAAAGGAUGCAUCUGGUCAAUAGAUCCCAUUGGCUCCUUUCAUUCUUACUGGGACAAAUGAGGGUUCUUGGGAUGGUCAGUCUUUGAGGGAAAUGGGUAUAAAUGGAAACCUGAAAAUGGGAAGACAUAAAGGGCAGAAGAACAAGAUAGGUGGUUUACCCAUUGAUCAGUUUGCUCAUACUUUCCAGGCUAGCGGUGGUCUGGGCAAGGAAGGGACCACUAUUAUAUGCUGGGAAAGGAAUUGCCCCAUUCUGCUCUCACUUACCACUUACCCAAGAGUUCUGCCUAUUGUACCGGUGUUUAUAUCUUCCCUACCUGUAGCUAAGGGCCAACAGGUAGGAAGCCAGAUCCAACAGCCAAUGAAUGAACCAGAAAGAGGUGGUAUCAGCAGAGUAACUGAUAGGGAAGAAGUAAUGCCAUCAAGGUCAGUAGUGGAAUGUUGAAGCGCCACUGGAAGAAAGAGUUCAUAUGAGGAACUAUGCCUAUAGUCAACCCAGAUAGUUCUGGACCUUGUUGAAAACAUCCUUGAGUCAGUAAUUAAGUUCUACCUAGGAAACUUUUUUUAAUGGAAAAGCAAUUUCUUAGGUCCUCUCAUAACCUUUGCUAGAACAGAAUUGGCAUAAAAACCAGAAUGAAAUGAGAGUUAGGUCUCCCGACUAUCAUAUUUCCACUUAAUUUGACAGAAGAUGGUGAAAGCAGCUGUUGGAUCUGGCUUUUGGCCUUGGGUUGGGAAUUACAAAUCACUGGGCAAAACAUGGCAGAAUGUGAACCAGAGUUACCUUAAGCCAGAGUUGAGGCUUUUUGUAGAGUUUGGGAAAGACCCUAGCUCAAAGGAUAGGGCACAGAGGGGAUGGGGACAGGGUCAGAGGACAGGAGGCAGGACCUCUAAAAGAAUCAACACCUGUCCUUUCAUUCCGACAUUUCUGAACAAAUGCAUUCCUCCCUGAGGCUGCCACUCAGUUACCCAGACCGGAGAUAGAAUCAAAGUAGGCACCCAGGCAGAGAUGGCUACAGAAUUCUGAUCCAGGAAAAAAAUGAACACUACCCUUUUCACCAUGGGAGCUCCUCCAGAGAAAAAUAUCUAAAUGUAAGAGGACAUUGAUUUAGCAUAUGGUUGUUGUUAUUAUUAUUGUUAUUGCUGUUGUUAUUGUUAUUUAUUAUUUGUCAUUUUCAAAUCCCCUCCUCUGGAGGACCUCUCCAAACUAGCAGCCAGAUUUUCCUCCUCUACACCCAAUUCUACCUCUGAGGCUGCUGGGAACCCCUCAGGGAGGCUCAGGGGCUCUUCACAGCUUACAUUUAUGUUUAUUUAUUUAUUCUUACAUUUGGAGCCGGUUUCCUAGCUGUGAAUGAAACCCAUGAUCCUCCUUUCCAAUUUGACAGCAUGUUACAUUCUGGUGAAAUAAAAUGAAAGCCCCAAAUGGC